AGAAGAAGAGGAAGAAGAAGAAUAGGAGGAGGAGGAAGAAGCAGCAGCAGCCGGCGGAAGUCUAUCCGAAACGGAAGAAUAUGGCGGCGCUCAGAUUGGUCGUGUCCCGGUGCGGUAGGACCUUCUUACAUGCACCAAAAACGGAGCACGUACCUCGGCUCAACAUGUCCUUUUCCAGUUUGCCAAAGGGGAGAAAGCUGGCCCUGACCACCCUGGGAGUGUUAACUACAGGAGGGGCAGGACUGGCUCUGGUGCUCCAUCAGUCCGUUAGUGCUUCAGAAUUGGAGCUGCAUCCUCCCAGUUAUCCCUGGAGCCAUAAUGGUUUAGUGUCCGCUCUCGACCACAGCAGCAUCCGUCGUGGGUAUCAAGUUUACAAACAGGUGUGUUCGGCGUGCCACAGUAUGGAAUAUCUGGCCUUCCGUAACUUGGUGGGAGUUUCACACACAGAGGAGGAGGCAAAAGCAUUAGCUGAGGAGAUUGAAGUUCUGGAUGGACCUGAUGAGGCAGGAGAAAUGUUCACUCGGCCUGGCAAACUUUCUGAUUACUUCCCGAAACCAUAUUCCAGUCCUGAAGCUGCUCGUGCUGCCAACAACGGAGCUCUGCCCCCUGACCUCAGCUAUAUCGUCAAUGCCAGGCAUGGAGGUGAAGACUACAUUUUCUCUCUACUAACUGGUUACUGUGACCCACCAGCAGGUGUGUCUAUAAGAGAGGGCCUUUACUACAACCCCUUCUUCCCAGGCCAGGCAAUUGGAAUGGCGCCACCUAUUUAUAACGAGGUGCUUGAAUAUGAUGAUGGAACAUUAGCCACAAUGAGUCAGGUGGCUAAAGAUGUGUGUACUUUCCUGAGAUGGGCUGCUGAGCCGGAGCAUGACCAGCGCAAACGCAUGGGACUAAAGUUACUAAUGGGUUCAGCUAUCCUUAUUCCGCUUGUCUACUACUUGAAGAGACAUAAAUGGUCUGUGCUGAAGAGCAGAAAGAUCGCCUACAGGCCUCCCAAAUAAAGCUGGUCAGAGGGUCCAGCUUCUGUCACAGUUGAUAAAUCCAGAUUCACAUUUGUCAGACUUUUCAACAUGCACUGGUUUGUCAUGAAGAGUUCCACAUUGCCUGCUGACCUGAGAAAUGGCCACCAACUACAACUGCAUUUUGUUUUACUGUAUAAAUAUAAAUUAUCUAAUCAAAA